AUGGGGAACGCGGCGGCCUUCGACAACUGCCCCAGGCAUAAGACCAAGCUCAGUGGCCUGAUUGAUCUGUGGGAGGAGAAGGCGUACUUUGCGCCCGAGGUGAUUGCUCAGCUGCGCACAGCUCUGUCCAAUGGCUCUGCCGAGAUGACUGCCGUGAACCUGGAGCUCUCCGAGACCUCGCUCAAGCUCGCCAAGGACGCCCCCUACAUCCUGCCCUCCUUCCACGGAGACGCUUCCAUCCCGUGGUAUGAUCUGCCUGCCGGAACCUGGUUGCCUCACAUCACGCCGAACUCCUCUAGGCCCAUGAUUCCUGACCAGAUCCGCCCUAUUCAACUGGCGGCGGGCCCAGCCGAGAAGCGAGUCGUGGAUGCAGUCAAGACGCUGCUGAAGGAUGCAGACUACAUAUACUCCAAGGGGAACGAGCCGAGCGACGAUGUACACACGGGCUACAGUGAGAUGGGCGAGCGCAUCUUUUUCGACGAAAUCACGGGGGAGGUUAUCGGA